AUGCCGAGACAAACAGACGACUUCGAUUACGAGAAGCUUAUAGGAUUUGUCCGUGAGAGGGAGAUGUUAUAUAAUCAUCAUCAUUGCAGCGGACUUCUACUGGCCUGUGUUGCAGUUUUUGUCUGUGUUGUUGGCAGUGUCCACUGUUGGGAAAACUGGUGGGAUCGACCAUUUCAGUUCAAGUGUCCAUCUGGUCAAAGUGUGAGACGGUUCGCCAGUUACCAUAGCAACCAUUACGAAGAUAGACUGUGGAAAUUUGACUGCAUAUACACUGGAACUAAAGCGGCGUGUGUGUGGUCAGGCUAUGUCAACUCUUUUGAUGACCCUCUACUUUUCCAAUGUGCAAACAAUGGCGUCAUCACCGGGAUCGGCAGUUACCACAACGACCACUACGAGGAUAGACGUUUUAGAUUCCGCUGCUGUUCUAUCCCAGGGAAAACUUUGAAGAACUGUAGAUUUUCCACCAGCUACCAUAACGCUUUUGACGGUUAUCUCAACUAUUAUAUUCCUAGCAACAAGGUUCUGAAGGGCGCUUUCAGUUACCACAGUGACCAUCAUGAAGACAGACGUUGGAAAUUUGAAAUAUGCGACAAACCCUAAACAGUCUGAGAAAUACUACACGUGGAUAGUUUGGUGUCAAACGUCCGGUGUAAGAAACCACAAUGACGACCGACAUGGUGUAAUGAAUACUGAUUGUUUCUCUUUUAUAAAUACCUUCAUAGUACGAUUAUAGUUUUAUUAAAAAAUAUUCGUGUAGUUAUCUUUAUUGGUCUCCUACAUCUCCAAACGGAGAGGACUAUAGGUUUUGUCUCUGUCCGUCUGUCUGUCUAGCUGUCAUUCUGUAUGUUCGUCCGCCUGUCCCACAUAUAGAUUUCCGGAUUGUUAUCACAAUGCCUCGCGAUAUUGAGCUCAAAUUGUGUGUAUAGUUUGAUCAUGUACUAGUAGAAGACCACUGUUAUUUGUGAAUCGUCAACUGAGAUUUAUGCUUGUCAGCCUCUGGCAUCCUAAGUGCCCACCUAUGGUUUAAACAUAAAGUAAGAUACAGGUAUUUUUUAGUUUCAAGGAAAUUACUUAAAGGGUCGUAAUUAUAAAGAGGACUCAUUUUAAAUAUUUUUAGUUAAAUGAUUGUGUUACUUUCAUCAUAAUGAGUCCAAAUUGUUUUAUUUUGAGUACAUUUUUCACAAUGUUCACACCGAUACAAGCGGGAGUUGGCGGAUAUCACACAUAUAUUUAUGGAAACUUUGCUCAUCAAACCUUACAAAACUCCUCAUUUCAAUAAAAGUUUAGCUACUAUAUUUUUUCUUCACAAAAUCAGCUUGUUUGAAAAAUUACCGAACAUGAUCGCAAGGAAAACACGGCGUACGAAUACCAAGCCUCAUUACAGCUAAACCGGUUGCACGGUUGGUGGAAACCAAUUGUCGUUUAAAAAAAAUAACUCCUUGGCUAUUACUAAGCUAAAGAAUUUACUUCUGUUCUACAUAUCAGCCUUCAAACAUGGAUAUGUGCAAAACCAACAAGUCAACUCUUUGCGCAACCGGGUACACAAGGGCGCUAACUGUAUACUACUACCACUGUUAUAGAUCAUGUUGGACUUUCAUGGCGAGUUACCAAUUUCUGAGAGUUAUGGCCCUUGAACUUAGGAGAUACGAAUUGUUUUCUUUUACUUUGUUUUUGCAAUGCCUCAAGCUACUGAGCUGAAAUUAAGUGUAUAGCUUUAUCGUGUUCUCUUACAGAUAAAGUGUAAGUUUUAUUGUAAUUUACCCAUUUUCCACAAAGUUAUGGGCCCUUGAACUUACGAGAUAUGAAAAUGUGUUUUCCAUUCUUUAUUUUUAUGAAUGUAAUGAAAUGAAAUUUUGUAUAUAUACUCAACAACGAAAGUUUAGCUAAUGUUAAAAGAAAUGGCAUAACAUUUAUAAAUUAACCUAUUUUUAUUAAUUAGUUUUCACAUCUGAAAUGUUUACCAUUUACUAACAACAUAACCCCAUCAACCUUUUGUCUUAACACAACAGGAGGACCUGGUUUUCUUUUAAGUUUAUUAAACCAUGGCAAAUUUACACGUCAUAGAAGAUAUUUGCUAAACUUUCGUUGUUGAGUAUAUUUGUAUCAUGUACUGUUAUAU